AUUGGGCGACCCUUGCUUCUCACCCUGAAGAGUGAAGACAGCACAAAGAGAAAUUAAAGGGAAGCCAAGAAGAAGAGGAAGAAGCCUCUCUCCUCCGACAUGGCGGAUCAUCAUCGUCAUCAGCGGCAUCCCUGGCUCUCGAUCUCAGCAGUGUCUCUGAGUCUGGUGGUGAUCAUUGUAUCGGUGAUCGUGGUGAGGCUUUGGUGGAAGCCCAGAAGGACAGUGAGGCACUUCUCGAGGCAAGGGAUCAGAGGGCCCGCUUACCGGUUCUUCAUCGGCAACGCCAAGGAGAUCGAGAGGAUGAUGGUGAAGGCUUCCUCUCAGCCCAUCCUGCCUCCCUCCUCCCCUCACAACAUCCUCCCCAGGGUCCUCUCCUUCUACCACCACUGGAAGAAGAUCUAUGGUGCAACAUUUCUGGUAUGGUUUGGGCCCACAGCCCGUCUCACGGUCUCGGACCCGGACCUCAUUCGAGAAGUUCUCAUCUCAAAAGCGGAGUUCUACGAAAAGAUCGAGCCGCACCCGCUCGUGAAGGAGCUCGAAGGCGAUGGACUCCUCAGCCUCAAGGGAGAUAAAUGGGCUCAACACAGAAGAACUGUGGCUCCCACAUUCCUAAUGGAAAAUCUCAAACUGCUGUUGCCAGUGUUGUCAAAGAGUGUGGUCAACAUGUUGACCAAAUGGGAGGAAAAGUCAAAAUCAUGGGAAGAUGUAAUUGGAGUCGAAAUUGAGGUUUCUGAGUGGUUUGAAACCCUAAUGGAAGAUGUAAUCAGCAGAGUUGUGUUCGGAUCCAGCUUCUAUGAAGAGGGAAAGGCCAUCUUUCAGCUCCAAGCUCAACAAGCAGAUCUUGCUGCUCAGGCUUUCAAGAAAGUCUUCAUCCCUGGUUAUAGAUAUUUGCCCAUUAAGAGAAAUGUGCAAUCUUGGAAACUCUAUCGCGAAGUCAAGAGAUCCCUGACAAGGCUCGUCCACCGCCGCUGCAGAGAACAUAACGUGAGCAAGAGCAUCAACUACGACCCCGCCGACAAACCCUCACGAUACGCCACCGAAAACAAUAAUAGCGACAGUAAUAACAGUGACAGCAACGACGACAGAUGUCCAAAGGACUUGCUUGGGUUAAUGAUUGACCGAGGAUUAUGCUCCGGUAGCAUGACCGAACAGGAUGUCAUGGAGGAAUGCAAGACCUUCUUCUUCGCUGGGAAGCAAACGACUUCGAACCUGCUGACGUGGACGACCGUCCUGCUGGCUAUGCAUCCAGAGUGGCAGCAGCUGGCACGUGAGGAGGUGCUGACUGUGUGCGGGGCACGUGACUGCAUGCCCUCCAAGGACGACAUAGUGAGGCUGAAGAGGUUGAGCAUGAUCCUGAACGAAUCACUGAGGUUGUACCCGCCAGCAAUAGCGAUGAUCAGAAGGGCUAGAUGCAGUGUCAAUCUUGGUGGCUACAAGAUCCCGCGCGGAACUGAGCUCCUGAUCCCGAUCUUGGCCGUCCAUCAUGACCAGGUCUUAUGGGGGAGCGAUGCGACAGAGUUCAACCCAGCCCGGUUCUCGACGGACUCUGCAGGGCCGCGGAGCCGGCCUGGGGCACUCAUCCCAUUCGGGCUAGGGGUCCGGACAUGCAUAGGCCAAAACCUAGUCCUCCUGCAAGCAAAGCUCACACUUGCACUGAUGCUGCAAAAGUUCUCAUUCCAGCUGGCCCCUUCUUAUCAACAUGCGCCUACGGUUCUAAUGAUGUUGUAUCCACAGUUUGGCGCACCAAUCAUCUUCAGGCCCACAUGAGGUGCAAGUUGAGACUUGAGAGACAUAUAUAAUCGACAUAUCACUAUAUGUGUGUGUGCGCGCCUAUUUGGCUUUCUAUUGUUAUAUAUUGUAUGGAUUAAUACACAUAUAUACUUGUAGUAGGAUUGAUUAACUGCAUUUUGUGAGAGCAUAAACAAGGUUGGAAAGGUAUGACGACAAAUGUUGAGAAAAGAGAUCUAUAUCUAUAUAUAUAUACACACACACACACACAUAUAUAUAUAGGACAUGCAGUUAAAUUUUAUUGGAUCAUAUUCAGGUUUGCAAUUA